GCAGGUAUCAGAAUAUGAUUUGUGACAGGAUAUCAGAAUGACGUAGUGAGGCACGCUUAGUCUGGUCAGCGAUCCGGAUGAACAUAUCCGGGUGGAACAUGAAAGGUCGCCGGAUGCGUAAUGGCGGUGGUCCGGGAUGAACGUAUCCGUGUGGGACAUGAAAGGUCGCCGGAUGAGUGAUGGAGGUGGUCCGGGAUGAACGUAUCCGUGUGGGACAUGAAAGGUCGCCGGAUGAGUGAUGGAGGUGGUCCGGAUAGGAAAGCGCGCCACGUGUACUCUUGGGGGAAUCCGGAUGUGGAUAUUCCGGGUAGGAACACGUGCCACGUGUCGUCAGGGGACGUGUGCCACGUGUCAUCAGGGAUGGGUCCCUACAAUGCCCCCCUUUUUAAGUUGUCGAUUUUGCCCUAGCAAAAUGGGCGGGUUAAAAAAGAAUGAUUGCCUCUUAAAACCGGGGUUCGCUUUUUGUUCUUACUGGGCCACGUGGCGAGCUGAGGCGAAAAGACAGGAGAGCCUUUAUGGCGAGCCGCCGUCUCUGGGUAUUCCCUAGGCAAUGUGUCGGUUUAAUGAUAGCGUUUUUCUGAACGCUUGGGAUACUGAGGUGCUGUCUCUUAUAAAUAUCAGGCUGUGGACUCCCGUUGCUUUUUCUUACUGCAUCUUCCUUGUCAUCGCUUCAUUUGUCUGCUGUUUUGUCUUUGCUUGUGAGCGUACCGGCAGCAUUCAGGUGGUGACGGUGACUGCAUUUGCGGUUUUCGACCCUGUUUUCGAGUUUACACUUGAUUGUGCUUCAUCUUUGUACUGGAAAAUGUCUGCUACCAAGGAAGUUACUUCAGCUCGCCCGUCUGGUGACGCUCGUGCAGAAAAGUCUGUAGAAAAGUUGAAUGUAAAAGAAUUUCGCGAUCGGUUUUGCGUUCCUAAUGGCGUGUCUGUAGAGCUGUUUGAUGGAGAGGGCGUGUUGCCUGAGAAGCCGGAAAAUAACGCGAUACUCUUUACCAAGGAGCAGUUUAAUGCUGGGCUUCGAUUCCCUGUCCCGUCUCUGCUCAAGGAAUUUCUGCACUUCACCCAGAUUCCUCCAGUGUACGUACAUCCCAACAUGAUCCGGGUGCUGAUGGGGUGCAGCAUCCUGAGCAUGCUGUUCAACUUGGACCUCUCAUUACUGGAGGUUCUUUUCGUUUACUCGAUCAAGAAAGUGAAGAGUAACAUCUUCAGCUUCGUCGCCAGCCUUCCAUCCCUGCAACUGGUGACAAACCUACCAGAUUCGAAUAAAAAGGCCGCCAAGGGGCAGGUGCUGGUCAAGGGCGUAUGGGCAGGUUUGUCUGAGCAUCCGGACAGGCCCUUUGUUCCCAAUCAGUCACUGAAGAUUCCAGACCAGGAUAAGAGAGGAAAACUGGUGGAGUGGGUGGAGAAGGCUUCGUUCGAUCGUUUGAACAAGCUUUUUGAAAUAACUUCAGCCGAGCGGAGAUGCGAACUGCUUCUUUCUGCGCAGAACCUCCGCUUGGUCGUCCAGCAGCCUCAGGCAUACGUGCUGAACAUACUUCCCAGGCGGCUGCCUGAAGAAGUGGUAGUCGGGGAGCACUUUAUUCUUGAAGACCUUCCUUUCUAUGAGGGGGUACGGAAGGCAGAUGCCCGGAAACGCAAGGCCCUUCUCAACGAUCGGGAGAAGAAAAGACAAGAAGGGCUUCUGCGGAAGGCUCCGGGUGGGAAACGGACUGCGUCCUCUCCGCCUGCUGGUGCUCCAGCAAAAAAGAAGAAGAAGCUGAGUAAAAAAAGUAAGGGGCCCUCGGUGGCGCCAGACGUUCGGAUGGCUCUUCUGGCUGAGGAAGCAGCUUCAAUAAAUCAACCAGGCUCAGCUCACCCGGAUGAGGUUGCCGACUUGCCUCCUGUUACACCCCCAACAGGAGAGAUGGGGGCAGAUAGCCAGGAGUUGCCUGUACAUGAGCCAAGCCCUCGUCCUCUUGUGCCUGUGAAGGGGCCAACUAGGAGAAGGUUGCGUCUGGUACGCGACUUGAAGUCUGGCCUCGCUGGGCGGCUUCAGGGCCGGUUCACAGAAGGUAUCGAAGUCAGCUGUUCAUCCGUCCCGGAGGGUCGUCCGGAAGGCGAUGUAGUGGAGAUGACGGAAGAGAGCCCGGCCGUCCCAGCGCUGGUGCCGGCUGAGGUUCCAAUUCUGGCUCCGGCUGAGGUUCCGUUCUGGCUCCGGCUGAGGUUCCACCCAGAGAGGCCCAGCCGGUUGAGAAUGUUGAAGGUGUGGUUCCGGAGGAGGAAUCACUCUCCAAUGCCUCUUGGGGAGGGUCCUUUUGAUGAUGCCACUUUCAUCCCUGCUAACCCUUUCAGUUAUGCGGAGAUGGAAGAGAAGCUAAAACAGAUUCCCUCUGUUGCAGACGCUGGGGUACCUUCAGCCUGA